GUCACCUGAGGGAAGCCCCAGAACCCCCAAAUCACCCUGUCCCAUAGAAGCUUGUACCAGGGAAAGAAGCACAUUUCAAACUUUUGGGGAAGAAGUGUGUCCCAUAGAUCAUUCGAUGUGCCCUGCCCCCAGCUCUGUUCACCGAGAGCCCAUCUGCUGUGAGUGCCAGGCCAAAUUUGGGGGUCGCCUGCCGGUGCGCAGGGCUGAGGCAGUGCUGCCUUACUGGGUCCCUCUGUCCUUGACCCCAAAAGCAGAGUGGAUCCAUCACUGUACAUUUCCACCAGCAAAGGAUGAGAGUUCCCACUUUUGUGCAUCUUCACCAGCACUCGGCAUUGAUGGCGUGUGUUCAUUUCUCCUCCGUUCCCCUGCUGCUCCUGCGGACAACCAAAAAACAGCAACUUUUCAAAAACAACUUUAUCGAGACUUUGUGCCAGGCGUCCUCCUAAGCGCCGUGCAGGAACUGACCCUUGUCACCUGCCCCUGA